CACAGAACCAUGGCGGCACUAACAGGAGAGCGGUGGAGGGAAUUGUUACCUGGUCAUGAAGUCUUUCAGAAAUUACAGGAGAAACUGAGUUUAGAACCACAGGGGACGAGCAGAAGAAUCGCUAAGAAUCUUAGUUUCUGUUUAAACGGGGAUUUGUUUGUGUGGGAUAAUGUGGAGAGCGUGUUUUAUACUACAAACCUCCGGCUGCUCAACUCUGAGCCGACCGCAGAUUCGGCCAAAUACCAGACGUUGCUGUGCAUCAACCCACCUCUGUUUGAAGUGUGCCAGGUUCUGCUCAGCCCCACUCUAUAUCACGUGGCUCUCAUUGGUCAGCGUGGGGCCACCGUGCUGGAGUUACCCCAACGCUGGGGCAAGAAAUCCGAGUUUGAAGGUGGACGCUGCGAUAUCAACUGCAAGACUUUGCCUGUAGCCGAGCGCUUCUUCACCAGCUCCACCUCGGUGACCCUCCGCCAGGCCGCUUGGUACCCCAGUGAGACAGAGGAGCCUCACCUGGUCCUGCUCACCUCAGACAACACCAUCAGGUUCUACAGCCUAAAAGAGCCUCACACUCCAGCUCGAGUGCUUUCGGUGUCGAAGUCUGAAGAGGAAAGCAGCAUGCACUCCAGAGGCCGCUCGUACGCAGCCUCGCUGGGCGAGAUCGCCGUGGCGUUCGAUUUUGGCUCGCUGGUGGACACCCCUCGGCAGCUGGCGAACCUGAAGCUGAAGGAAAACCUGCUGGUUUAUCCGCUUUACAUCCUGUAUGAAAAUGGAGAGACUUUCCUGAGCUACACAUCACUCUCAUACAGUAACCUGGGUAAACUCCUGGGUCCCCUGCCCAUGUACCCGGCAGCCGAGGACAACUACGGCUACGACGCCUGCGCCGUGCUGUGCCUGCCGUGUGUCCCCAACAUUCUGGUGAUCGCCACCGAGACCGGGAUGCUCUAUCACUGUGUGGUGUUAGAGGCAGAAGAAGAGGAAGAUGGUGGACAUGUAGAACGCUGGUCCCGAGGCUCAGAGACGGUGCCGUCGCUUUACAUAUUCGAGUGCGUGGAGCUGGAGCUCACGCUCAAACUGCCCGCGGGAGACGAAGAGGAACCAGCCGAGUCCGAUUUCAGCUGCCCUGUCAGAUUACACCGAGACCCUCUGUGCCAGCACAGGUACCACUGUACCCACGAGGCAGGGGUUCACAGUGUGGGAUUAACCUGGUUUAACAAACUUCACAAGUUCCUCCAGUCAGAUGAGGAGGAUAAGGACAGCCUGCAGGAUCUGGCAGCUGAACACCGCUGUGUUGUGGAGCACAUCCUCUGCACCAGACCCCUCAACAGCAGUUCUCCAGCUCCAGUUCGGGGUUUCUGGAUCGUGUCUGAUCUGUCUCUGGGCGCCACCAUGAUCUGCAUCAGCAGCACGUACGAGUGUCUCCUGCUCCCUCUGCUGAGUUCCUUCCGGCCGCCCUCCCCCCCCCUCCUGUGCUCCCGCGCGGGUGCGGACGAGGGCUCCGUCAGCUCCCCCCUGCGCGGACUUGCUCACGACUCGUUCGUGCAGCACAUCAGGAACAUCCUGGCCCGCAGCACCAGCAAUCCACUCAUGCUGAGGGCCGGCAAUAAGGACUCCUCGCCUCCGACGCCGGAGUGUCUGCAGCUGCUGAGCAGGGCCACGCAGGUCUUUCGGGAGGAGUACAUCCUCAAGCUGGACCUGGCUUGUGAAGAAGUGCAGAAAAGAGUAAAACUUCUGAGCACCCAGAAGAAAAAACAGCUGGAGGACCUCGCACGGUGCAGAGAGGACAGAAAGAGCCUAAGGGAGGCAGCAGAGCGCCUGGCGGAGAGGUACGAAGAUGCCAGAUAUCGGCAGGAAGCCAUCGUGAACAGGAUGAAGCACGUGUUGAGCAGCCUGCGCAGUCAGCUUCCUGUGCUGUCCGACAGCGAGAAGGACAUGAAGAAAGAGCUGCAGAUCAUCAACGACCAGCUGCGGCAUCUGGAAAACGGCAUCACGCAGGUGAACAUGAAGAAGGAAUACCAGAAGAAGCAGAUGGAUAAAGGGGCGAUGCCAGCUCGCUCCACCAUAGCACUGAACGUUCACCAGAGGAAGUGUAUUCAGGGUGUCCUCAAGGAGCAGGGUGACCACAUUGCUGACAUGAUGAAGCAGAUCAAAGACAUCAAGAACCAGUUCAGUUUCUGAAAAGCAGAAGUGAGCCGUAGAGCUCCGAUUACGUGGAACAGAGUCGCAUUUGUUUGUUACAGUGCAGGCGGCAGCACAUGACCAAAUUAAACAUCUAAAUAGAGCUACAGCAAAGCCUGGUGAGAAGCGUUCGCAGAGGAGUGGUGGCUGUUAUAGCUGAAAAUAUCACCUAGAGGUCGCUGUUUUAAUACCGUUUGUUUUUGGUCAUAUAGUGUAUAGAAAAUAAGCCCGUUUAUAAAUCUUGUUCUAUAGAAAUAUUUUGUAAUACACAGUUGAAUUCAUUAUUAAUAGAAUUUGCUCAGUAAUGGAAUUGUACAGCUGCCAGAUUCUCUCACCACCACUGGAUACUGGAUUUCUGUUCUCCGCAUGUAUACUGAAUGUAGUUCCUUUCCUGCACUUAAGGAAGUGUGUUUCUGUAUACAGUCAUCUAAAGCUUUUCUACAUUGUGUACGACUGUUUGUCUCCUGUGAGAAUAAAAUGUUUUGUACAUUUAAUAA